AUGGUAGACCACGGCGCCGCCUCGAAUCGCUGCCGCAUCAUCCCCGCCCUGGCCGACUCCACUGGGGCUUACAUCUUCUACGCUGGAGGAUGGGAUGGCUGGGUUCUGCAUUCCUCUGAGAGUUAUGGUGACUGGGCUAAGAGGAAUAGGUUUCAGGUUGCUGACGCCAUUGUGUUCAAGUACAAGAAGGGGGAGGACUCUGUUCUGGUGGUGAGCAAGCAGGAUUAUGAUGCAUACGACGUGAGCAAACCGAUCCAGAAGCUCGACGGAGGCGAUUCCGUGUUCAAGUUCGAUCGGUCGGGGCCGUUCUACUUCAUCAGCGGCACGCCUGGGAACUGCCAACGAGGGCAGAAGCUGGUGGUGGUGGUGGUCAUGGCUGUGAGGCACCGUCCGCCGAUCUCUUCUCCUCCUUCCCUCCCUCUGUCGCCACCUCCUGUUUCUUCCCCUGCCCCGCCCCCACCCCCAUUUCCGGAACCCAUCAUCCAACCCAGCACCAUCCUUAAUGGUCCCUUAGCGUUUACAGAUGUAUGCUGCAGUUGA